GCGGCCGUGACGUUGGAGCGUGCUGGCCUGGGAGCAGCUGAACUGUCGCCGGUGUGUGUCACGGGAGCGCGGACGACGUUGGCGGGCUGUGAGAUGACUGUUACCAACUUCGGCACGAUGCGCCCCUGCUUCGCUGGUUACCCGUUCCAAGGCCAGGGCCGCGUGAACCAGCUGGGCGGCGUGUUCAUCAACGGGCGGCCGCUGCCCAAUCACAUCCGUCUGAAGAUCGUCGAGAUGGCGGCGGCGGGCGUACGGCCGUGCGUCAUCUCGCGGCAGCUGCGCGUGUCGCACGGCUGCGUCUCCAAGAUCCUCAACCGCUACCAGGAGACCGGCUCCAUCCGGCCCGGCGUCAUCGGCGGCUCCAAGCCGCGCGUCGCCACCCCGGAGGUGGAGGCGCGCAUCGAGCACUACCGCCGCGAGAACCCCGGCAUCUUCAGCUGGGAGAUCCGCGACAGGCUGAUCAAGGACGGGCUGUGCGACCGCAGCACGGCGCCCUCGGUGAGCGCCAUCUCGCGGCUGCUCAGGGGCCGCGACGGACACGACGACGGCAAGCUGCCCGACGGCAAGACGAGCGACGGCAGCGACUGCGAGUCAGAGCCGGGCAUCCCGCUGAAGCGCAAGCAGCGCCGCAGCCGCACCACGUUCACGGCGCAGCAGCUCGACGAGCUGGAGAAGGCGUUCGAACGCACGCAGUACCCCGACAUCUACACCAGGGAGGAGCUGGCCCAGCGCACCAAGCUCACCGAGGCCCGCAUUCAGGUGUGGUUCAGCAACCGGCGCGCGCGCCUGCGGAAGCAGCUGUCGAGCAGCGCGGCGGGGUACGCCCUGCCGGCCGGCUACCCCGCGCCGCAGUACCUGCUGCCCCCGGACUCCUUCGCCGCCUCCACCACCGCGCCGCCUCCAGUGUCGGAGCACCACGGCGCGGCGGCGCUGUACUCGCCGCACCACCACGGCCACCACGCGCACGCGCACGCUCACGCGCAUGCGCACGCGCACGGCCACCACGCGGCCAUGCUGCCGGCCAUGGGCGCCGCCGCCGGCGGAUACUCGCAGAUGUCGUGCAUGAGCUCGGUGCCUGGCCAGCAGCACGCGCAUGCGCAGCCCACAUCUCCCGGCGUCGCCACCUACCCGCAGCACCAGCUGUCGCCCACCGUCAUGGCUGCAGGAGAGGGCGCGGCUUCGCGCGCCGAGGCGCCGCCGGUGCCGGUGAGCAGCGUGUCGUCCCCGGUGGGCGUGGUGGCGACGACGCCGACGCCCGCGCCGGCCCCCAGCCACGCCCACGGCCACGCCCACGGCCACGGGCACGCCCACGGCCACGGGCACUCGUGGGCGCCGCUGCCCAUGUCCCCCGCCGCCGCCAGCCACGCGCUCGCCGCCUCCUCCAUGUCUCCGUCGCUGCACUCUGCCGCCCCCGCCGCCACCGCCUUCGGCCACCACCACCACCAGCACCCGCACGCAGGCUUCGCCACGGCCGCGCCGCAGCCGCGCCAGCCGGCCUUUUACUCGUGGUACUAG